AUUUUGUAUAACAACAAAAAGCAAGCAGAAACACACAUAACUGCACAUAGUUCUCUGCAAAUAUUGCAUAAAUAAUAGAUCUCAAUACGGGCAAUAUGGUCACUGUGAGGAAAGCAGCAAAAACGACAAAGCUACGAGGACCCUGUGAACCAGUAAAUAAGAAACGACUGUUGACCAUGGGCACCGACAUCGAACAAAGACCUUGGACACCGACUGUACGCCGCGGUAAAAUAGCCGCGGAGACUUCUAGUCCGGGACCAGCAUGUGUGCAACUACCAACUUUAGUCGGCAAGAAAGUACCUGACUCGAAGAAACCAGGUGCGCCAGCGUUUACUUUUGGACAGAAACAUCGCAGCAACUUCGAUUCAAUUGGACCGGGCCCAGCGCAAUACGAUGUCACCGGCUUGGGUAUGAAAGGAAAAGCCACUCCUCCGGCAGCGAGCUUACGCAGUCGUCCCAAGGAGAAAACACUCUUUAGGACACCAGCACCCGGCGAGUAUGAUGUGGAUCGAGCUGCAAAGGCCGUCAUUGACGCUACGCCCAAGUAUUCUUUCGGACAAAAGCCUCCAAAUGAGAAGCCAAACCUAACGCCUGCGCCAAAUAGCUAUCGCCCUGAGGUUUCAUUUAUUAAAAAGAAAGCACCGAGCUACACUUUUGGUAGAAGAACAAAGCUCAGCUUCGAACAGGCGACUCCAGCACCCGGUGACUACCAAACGGAAAAAAUCCGUUUAGAUCACAGUCCUGCAUUUUCUAUCGCGGGUAGACAUGAUAUUAACAUAUCCAACGACUCGCCUGCACCAGGAACAUAUUGUCCCGAAAAUGCUCGCCUAGGCAAUACGCCGGCUUAUACCAUCAGCGGAAGAACUGCAAAGAUAUCAAUUAGCGAAACUCCUGGUCCGGGAAAUUAUUGUCCUGAAAAGGUCCGUCUCGAUCAUACCCCAGCAUAUACAAUGGCAGGGAAAUAUGACUCUAAAAUCAAUAAUGCCACACCCGCGCCAGGAGAUUAUUGUCCUGAGAAGGUCAGACUCGAUCACACACCUGCGUAUUCAAUGGGUGGUCGUCACAACUUACAAAAGCCCAGCGACACACCGGCACCAGGCGCUUAUUGUCCUGAGAAAGUACGUCUUGACAACACCCCAUCAUACACAAUGGCUGGAAAACAUGAUCCCAAACAGAAUAACGAUACACCCGCGCCAGGAGAUUAUUGUCCUGAGAAGGUCAGACUCGAUCACACACCUGCGUAUUCCAUGGGCGGUCGUCACAACUUACAGAAGCCCAGCGACACACCUGCACCAGGCGCUUAUUGUCCUGAGAAAGUUCGUCUUGACAACACCCCAUCAUACACAAUGGCUGGAAAACAUGAUCCUAAACUGAAUAACGACACACCCGCGCCUGGAGAUUAUUGUCCUGAGAAGGUCAGACUCGAUCACACACCUGCGUAUUCAAUGGGUGGUCGUCACAACUUACAGAAGCCCAGCGACACACCGGCACCAGGCGCUUAUUGUCCUGAGAAAGUUCGUCUUGACAACACCCCAUCAUACACAAUGGCUGGAAAACAUGAUCCUAAACUGAAUAACGACACACCCGCGCCUGGAGAUUAUUGUCCUGAGAAGGUCAGACUCGAUCACACACCUGCGUAUUCAAUGGGUGGUCGUCACAACUUACAAAAGCCCAGCGACACACCGGCACCAGGCGCUUAUUGUCCUGAGAAAGUUCGUCUUGACAACACCCCAUCAUACACAAUGGCUGGAAAACAUGAUCUCAAACUGAAUAACGACACACCCGCGCCUGGGGAUUAUGCACCAGAAGCAGUGAAGCUUAGCCACUCACCUGCAUUUAGUAUUGUCGGCCGGAGAAAUGUCCAGCAAAUUAGUGAUACACCAGCUCCGGGUGAAUAUUAUUCUGAAAAGGUCCGACUAGAUCAUACUCCAGCAUUUACCAUAUGCGGCCGAAAAUACCUUAAACACGCAGAAAACACACCAUCUCCAUGCGAUUACAAACCCGAAGAAUGCAAGCGGCCAGUCGCUUAUUGUCCUGAGAAAGUUCGUCUUGACAACACCCCAUCAUACACAAUGGCUGGAAAACAUGAUCCUAAACUGAAUAACGACACACCCGCGCCUGGAGAUUACUGUCCUGAGAAGGUCAGACUCGAUCACACACCUGCGUAUUCAAUGGGUGGUCGUCACAACUUACAGAAGCCCAGCGACACACCUUGGCCGUCCCCAGCUUAUUCCUUUGGCAUAAAAACAAAUCUUCACAUCAGAAAUGAAUCGCCGGCACCAGGGCAAUAUGAAUUCGAGAAAAUUAAUAUGGAUCGAGGUCCCGCGUACACUUUUGGUUUAAAAGUAACUCACGAGCAAGUCAGUGAAACCCCAGCACCCACUGCUUAUGAACCAGAAAAACACACUCUCGAUCACGCACCUUCCUUUAGUUUUGGCUUAAAGCCCAAGAGCAAGUUGACCACCGAGGCACCAGCACCCGGCUAUUAUCACCCAGAAAACUGUAAAUUAGACAAUUCGCCAGCUUUCACAUUCGGUCUCAAAGUUGCCCCCAUGCCAGCUCUGCCAAAGGGUGCUUAUGUAGAAGAUCGGAUUUUGCAAAGACGAGAACGGCGUUUAGCCAGUCCUGUACGCACCAAUCAAAACCAGAAUCUGCUGAACGGCGAGUUGGUAAACUCCACCGACAAUUCAUCUAAUCAUGUUGAGCGCACAUCCAAUACAAUUACCAGCACAACAAUAAGAACAAUUGGUGAGAAAGAAGUGCUCGAAAACGGGUAUAAAACGGACAAAGCCUCUCGGCCGCAGCACACAGGCGCCAGCAGCACCAGAACAACAGUUACACAGCACAUCGCCAGGGGCGCACUAAGCAACGGCACUGACCUUAAAGCGAACGCUAAAGCUAAAGCCACCACAACCACUAGCACUGUAACAUACACGGUUGCCGACGGUGGAUUAGAUAACGGUAGAGAAAUUCACACCGCCCAUGCCAGAGCUGAUGCCAGCACGGCCAAAUCAGGCGGCUCUAUCACCAAGACGGUGGUACAGUCGGACGGCUCAGCUGUUACAACGACCACAACCUCAAAAACUUCGUCCAUCAAAUAUGUUGUUGAGGCUAACGCCACACAUGAGAAGAGCAUAAGCUCCUAAUGUCUAUAAAAUACCCACCGUCUUGGGUAUCAGUAAGGAAGGCCCGAUACGUUCAGCACCGGCCUUCACAAUGGCCGGUAGACAAAA